CUGCCAUAGCAAACCAUUCCGAGCGUGGAUUUAUUUCUCCCCAUGAAUUGAACUCAUCCAUCUACUUUUCAAUCUUCACCUAUAUUUUAUUACGUGCAAUCCAUUAGGCCUGGUCGAAAUCAUCUUGCCACCAUCUUGUUCCGUACCUUUCAAGGACUAGAACAUCCGCCAACAUUUUUACAAUGUCUUCCGCAAGUUUCAAUGCUGACAACAACACUCCCUCCUCGCGCCCCGAGCAUGGUAUGAGCCAGGAGUCGCGCGAACUCUGCGAAGGGUUUAUGGAGGCCGCAUGGAAGAAGCUCUUCCCUGAUCGCGACAUCGAAGGCGCUACCAAAACCUGGUUCUGGGACCAGAUCUACGUCAACUGGGACCCGGUUGUCAUUCCUGCCCUUAGAACGCGAGACCCAGACCGCCCGCUCUCCAGUUUUGCUACUGUAGUAGGGACUUGGAGCGAAGACCUGCCCGUCGCUCACCCCACGUCGCAACAACAGGUCGCUCGCCGAGCUGGCGCAGUGGCUUACAUGCGUCCUUAUUGGGACCGAGCUCAUGGCUGUCCGCGAUUUUCCAUUGUAGACUCCAAUGGAUCAAUUGCUUCUGAGGAGUUCUUACGCAAUUCGGCCGUCCCUGCUGGUACCCUACCGGUUUGUACACGACGGCAGUACGCCACUGCCAUCAAGAACUGGGAUAACUCCCAACCCCGCUGGGUAACUUCGUACAACAACGGCCUCAUCAUUAACCUCAUCCGCGCUCACAUCUGCGCAAGGGCUACACCUGCAAUGCAAGCAUACCUAGCAGGAUGGAGUAUCUCAGAUCUUAAGUCCUAUGACCUCAUUACCGAAAAGCUUUCGCCUUCUCUUGAGUUUUGGGAGGAAAUGCCCAAUCUCAUCGGCGCUUUUCCUUCCUUCUGGAGAGACGUUGCAAAUGCUGUGUUGAAUGAUGCGACGAGUCGCGAAUUUGAGCUAAUUUACACUCUCUAAGGCGGGAUACACCCCCAAAGAAAUUGCCAAUCGGAAUGUGUCUCUAGGGAUUGCAGGCUGGAUGAACUCUCCGAGAGGAGUUCCUGAAUGGAGUGCAUCCUUGGGAAGACUGGUUGAGUUAGGGCGGAACAUGCUCAUGAGGUAGAUCGCGGAACCACAUACCCCUUGCGAAUUAGCUAUGCUUUAGUAAAUGCGUUUCCCAUUAAUACAUGUAUUGAAAUCCCGAG